AUGGCCGUGGCUGUCGAAUCGCCACCACCCGUGCCACCGCCGCUGUGCCGCCGCAUCGCCACCGCCCUCUUCGCGCUGCUGGUGGCGGGCGGCCUCACGUGGACCUACGUGCAGGGCGCCGACCUGUGGUCGGACGGCGAGCGGCUGGUGUCGCUGGGUCUGUACGGCGCCUUCCUGCUGGCGCACGCCCUCGCGCAGAGCGGCUUCGCCUACCUGGAGUGGCGCCGGGCGGAGCGCGCCCGUGACGGGACGCCGUGGGAGCCCCGGCGGAGCGUGGCGAUAGCCAUCGCGGCCUUCCAGGAGGACCCUGGCUACCUGCGCGGGUGCCUCGUGUCCGUGCGGGACUCGUCCUACCCACGGGACAAGCUCAAGGUCGUCAUGGUGGUGGACGGCAACGGAGCCGAGGACGCGUAUAUGAUGGAGCUCUUCCGCGAGGUCUUCCGCGACGAGGCGGAGGAGGAUGCGCGCACUGUAGUGUGGCGUGGGAACUACCACACGUCGGAGCCGCGGCGCCAGCGGCCCGAGUGGUCCACCACGGCCGCGGAGGGGGCCCCCGACCGGGACGCGGAGUUGGUGGAGGCGGCGGAUCGGCGCGAGCUCGAGGAGGCGGUGCGCUCCGCGCGCUGCGUCUGCGUCAUGCAGCAGUGGGGCGGCAAGCGGGAGGCGAUGUACACGGCGUUCAGGGCGCUCGGCGCGAGCGUCGACUACGUGCAGGUGUGCGACUCGGACACGAGGCUACACUGCGACGCCACGGCGGAGCUGGCGCGGCUGCUGGACGCGGACGCGGGCGUGGGCGCCGCGGGCGGCGACGUGCGCGUUCUCAACGCCUCCGAGUCGUUUAUCAGCUUCCUGAGCGGCCUCCGCUACUGGAUGGCCUUCAACGUCGAGCGCGCCUGCCAGUCCUACUUCCACUGCGUGUCCUGCAUCAGCGGACCCCUGGGCCUCUACCGCAACACGCUGCUGCAGCAGCUCGUCGAACCGUGGUACAACCAGUCGUUCCUAGGGGCUCGUUGCACGUUCGGGGACGACCGCCACCUCACCAACCGGGUUCUCAGCAUGGGCUACGCUACGAGGUACACGAGCCGGGCGCGCUGUCACACGGAGACACCCGCCCAGUACCUCCGCUGGCUCAACCAGCAGACGCGCUGGGCCAAGUCUUACCACCGUGAGUGGCUCUACAACGUCAUGUGGUGGCACAAGCACCACAUAUGGAUGACGUACGAGUCCCUGGUGGCCGGCAUCUUCCCCUUUUUCGUCGCCGCCACGGCUCUGCGCCUUUUCUACAGCGGCAGCCUGUGGGACAUCGUGUGGGUAAUGGUCGCCAUCCAGGUGGUGGCACUCGCCCGGGCCCUCUAUGCCUCGCUGCUGCGCAGGAACCUCGUCAUGGCCUUCACCGCAUUCUACUCCGUCCUCUACGUGAGCAGCCUCGUUCCCGCCAAGCUCUUCGCCAUCCUUACCAUCGCCGAGGGAGGCUGGGGCACCUCGGGCCGCCGGAGGAUCGUCGGAAGCUACGUGCCCCUCUUGCCGCUGUCCGUGUGGGGGGCGGCACUGGCUGGGGGGCUCUGCUACACGCUGGUGCAGGAGGCGCGCUCGGCUCGGUUGGCGUCCGAGCGGGUCGUACUGGCAUACGGUGCGGUGGCGUACGCCGUUUACUGGCUCCUCAUGGUGGUGCUGUACCGGUGCCACUCGAGGCGGUGGUGCCACCGGAGGGAGCCCGAGUCUCAUGCUGUCGAGGUUUGAGGAGGAGGAUGAUGAUGAUGUCAUAAUGGGUGGCCAUGCAGCGCACCGCUGUUACAGCACACGGCCUGUGUGUGGGCCCGCCUUCUCGAAGCUCCCUGCAGAUUGCCCUCCUAAAGUUCGCAUUCUGUUGCACAAUGUGGAAUAUAUUUCCAUGGCAAUUACAUCUGGCAUAUUUUAUGAAAUCCUCGCCUCCCCUAUCUGUGACUGAUCACUUGCCGGCUCACAAGAAUAUUUUGCCCUUGAGGCUGCCACACAUGGUGCACUCGAGGAUCUGCACUUUAUUUCUUCCUUGCGUGUACUCUGGCACCAUGCCCAGCAAACUCUGUCGCCAGUGCAGUGUGCGUUUCGUGAACGGUUUGAUUCCUGUACCCAAACUAUAACUAUUCACUAUGGGGACCUCAUUUGCCAGUAAAAAUAUGAUAAUUGGUUCUUUACCCUUCUAUCUGGCAACAAA